AGCGCGGCGGCACGUCUAGGUGCGACGCCGGAGUUUGCCGCGGGGCUGCGUCGGGGCCUGUGGUGGUGGGGGGGGGGGAUGGAAAUACUGAGUGCGUAGGUGACCCCCCUGUGCAUCGAUCGGGCCAAAAAGAGAGACGGACAGCCCGAGGCAGGAAAGGCGACCGUUGCGCCGCCGCCGCCACCGUCGUUAAAGGAAAAGAAAACGUAUACAAGGGAAGCGCGAACGAGCGGCGCGCCCCGUCUGCGCCGCCUGCUGAGAGAACGGCAGUGUGCGCUCGGCCGGCUCAGCUGUCGAGUGCUACUCAGCGAUCAUCGGCGCUGUUGUGCUAUGCGGCGACCGGCACGCCGACGCGGGGGUCCGCUCGCUGGCCCACGGCUUCCGUCCACGGGUCGGCGUUGACUGGCGCGCCGAUGGGCCGACCACUGCCGGCGUGCGUGGCGGCUGUGCCGCGGCGGUGGCCCCCGCUGCCGCUCCUGUUGCUGUUGGCGGCGGCGGUGGUGCUUCUACUGCUGCCCGCGGCCGCGACGUUUGCCCACAGGCACCGCAGGGAUCACACUCGGGAAUUCUCCUGUGGGCGCCUGUACUAUCGCACCUUCUACAUGGACCGCAAACGCGAGAUUCUUUUUGUUGGUGGCAUGGACAAAGUUUUCCGGCUCAACCUGGCAAAUAUUAAUCGAACCAAGUGCAAUGACCGGAGUCUCAGUGCCAACAAGGAUGUUGUUUCUACUUGUGUUUACAAAGGAAAACGAGAGGAUUACGAGUGCAGGAACCACAUCAAGGUUAUCCAGCCCAUUGGAGAUGGAACAAAGCUCUACAUAUGUGGAACAAAUGCACAGAAUCCAAGGGACAUGGAAAUUUAUAGCAGCAACUUGACAGAAGUGUCGAAAAGUCAGCUGACAUUGCGAGACAUUGGCCGGGGUAUAGGAAAAUGCCCAUUCGAUCCCGAUGAUAACUCUACAGCUGUUUGGGUUGAACAUGGAAAUCCUGGGGACAUGCCAGGAUUGUACAGUGGGACGGUCGCCGAGUUUACCAAGGCUGACACUGUGAUCUUUCGAUCGGCACUGUUCAACAGGACGACUCACGAACAGAGCGAGUUCUUUAUGCGCACCCUCAAGUAUGACUCCAUGUGGCUUGACAAGCCCAACUUUGUGGGUUCCUUUGACAUUGGAGAUCACGUGUUCUUCUUUUUCCGGGAGAGUGCUGUUGAGUACAUCAACUGCGGCAAAGUCAUCUAUUCACGUGUGGCCCGUGUGUGUAAGAAAGACACGGGCGGUAAGAAUAUUUUAACCCACAACUGGGCGACCUUCCUUAAGGCAAGGUUGAACUGCUCACUUCCUGGAGAAUAUCCAUUCUAUUUCAACGAAAUUCAGGCUGUUUACAAGUUUCCUGACGAUGACAGCAAUGUUUAUGCUGUCUUUACAACAUCACUUCACGGGGGCCCACACGGUUCGGCUGUGUGCUCAUUCCGGUUGAGCGACAUUCAGGGUGCCUUUGGGGGCAAGUUCAAGGAGCAGAAGACGUCGUCAUCAGCCUGGCUGCCCGUGCUGACGAGUCAGGUACCUGAGCCACGCCCAGGCCGGUGCGUCAACAGCACCAAGACGCUGCCCGACGCCGUGCUCAAUUUCCUCCGCACCCACACUCUCAUGGACUCGGCCGUGCCGCAGUCCGGCGGAAGGCCCGUUUUCUACCGUGAGAAUGUCGUAUUCCUCUCGCUUGCUGUGCACAAGGUGGAUGUGGACGGCGUUGACUACCUCGUCUACUUUGCCGGCACACGUGAUGGCUUGGUCUACAAGAUAGUGGAGUGGAAAGACCGCUCGGGACAGUCCUUCUCCAACCUGGUUGACAUAAUUGAAGCAAGCCCAGGGGAGCCUGUUCGCACCAUUGACAUCUCUAGUGAGCACAAGUCAGUGUACCUGGGUUCGGACGAUGGUGUCCGGCAGGUGCGUCUGGACCUGUGUCGUGGCCGACACCUGAGCUGCCUGCGCUGCGUUCGGGAUCCCUAUUGUGGCUGGGACAGGGACCACCAUGAGUGCCGCUCCUACGUGACAGGUUUCCUGCAAGAUGUGAGCAAUGCUACUCCGGACAUCUGUGAAGAAAGUGUCCGCCGACGCCAGUUGCAUGCCCACUGGGGUGAGAGUGUGCACCUCAGCUGUCAAGGCCACCAUCCAGAACUCAUGGAGCCACCAGUUGGAGCUACUGGACCUGGGACCACACACAAUAAGGUGCCUCUCUGGUACCACCAGCAUGGCAGAGAGCGCCGCCUAGUGACAUCUAAGAGAGACAAGUACAUCCACACUUCUGGUCAUGGCCUGGUACUUAUGUCGCUAACUGAGAGGGACUCUGGGCAUUAUGACCUGCAUCUGGAAUCAGUUGGCACACUCUGCAGCUACAACCUUACUGUCGAUGCUGAGACCUGUGGAACCCCGACAGAAACUGACUAUCGAAAGAUCUACUCAAACUGGUGCCAUGAAUUUGAGAAAUACAAGCUGGCAAUGAAGACUUGGCAGACCAAACAUGCCAAAUGUCAAGGCGGAGGUCACCCUAACGAUGUCACCUACCAAGGGAGGGCACCAGCUGCCUAAAGCUGAGCGAGUGCUUUUUAUUUCUCCUUCUUUGAAGAAGGUAACACACGUAGGAGGAGUUCAACAGACUUCAUGGCAAAGAACUUCCCCACAGUCAUCUUGGAUCUAAGGUCUACAUCCAUGUUUAUUUUGACAUGGGAACCACCACUUUUUUAAUUUUUUGGUUGUCAUACCAGCCAGGCCUCUCAUACUCCUGCAGUAUGAUGGAAUUGAUAUAAUGCUGAUUGCAGCUACUUAUACACAGCCUCCAAAGAGCAAUUGUCACACAUAUUCACUCAAGCUGCGCAUACUAGAAGGUACGGACCUGAGUUUAUAGUAGCCCAAGUCCUUGAAUAUUCAAAGAGCUAAAAACUUGACACAUAUGACAAGACUGUCAUUUCGGUAUUGGUGUACCCAUUUUAGAAUGUGUUGUGGGCAGCAUAUGAUUGCAGAGGGCAGUUCAGUGCAGCAGGAAAAUGUUAAAUAAUUUGCAGCGGGAAGUGCUGCAGAUCAUUUGACAUCUUUGACAUAUUUCACAUUAUUGACACAGGAGAGUGCUGGUCAAAGCAUAGUUGCAUUUGUUCAUGUAGCCAAAUUCAUUAAGUUCUUGUGUGCAUUGUGUUCAGCACAGUGAAAUCGAGUGAGGCAUUUUGAUUGUGUCCACUCUCACUAUACCGGUCCUGAUGUGUGUUUUGUGUGCAGCAGCUACUGUAAAUAUUGCUUUUAUUAUGACUAUGAGUAUUUUUCUUGUCUUGUGUUUAGUGAAUAUGUUUAGGAGGGAACAAGAUGCAGAUCAAGUUUUUUCGUUUUUUACUCCCUAGGUCAUUGCUUUGUGCUAGGCGCAGGAGGAUGAAGUACUCAUGUUUAGACACAUACUGUAUGUCUGCAUCAUUUUAGAUGCACAUUUUAACUGAGUGACUAGCCACUACAUUCAACAAUCUCAUUUCCUUGCCAUGAGCCUGAUCCAUGCAUCCUUUGUUCAUUCAACCUUGCAGCAUGUCACUCAAACUGCUUAUACACAAACUGUAAUAUAAAGCUCUGUAGAUGUGAACCAGACAUUCUAUAUUGUACUACAUUUCUAAAUUUUAGAAUUGUGUAAAUUUUUGCUUGCAAUGUGCAUAAAAUGUACAGCUGCUGACAGAAGUUCAUGGGACAUAGAAGGGAGCUAAUUGGAUUCUAUUGUGGUCAAAGCAUGCAGCCAACACUUCUUGUGUGUAGUGUUCUCAUGUAAGUACAAUCCACUUAGUGUGCUUUUUUUUAUAUAGCCACAUUAAUGUUCCCAAAACUCCUCUCAGCAGUUUUGCAGGCCUCACCACUGUUAGUAACAAUCCUUGAGCAUUGGGUAUGUACACUGUUUGUAAUGGCUAAUUGGAAGUAAAACAAUGGUAUAGUCAAAGCACGAAAAAAACAGACAGCACCUAUGUUUCAGAGCACACACACAAUUUGCCGAUAAUAUUGGUGUUUGUCAGGAGAUGCUGCUAUAAUUAUCAGAAGCUGUGCCCUUGUGUAUUGUUGUAGGCAGUUAUGAAGACUGUUCAUUAGUUAUUCAGUGUAUUGACAAAGCUUUGCAAAACCAUUACUGCACCCUUGAUGGGCUAGUAACUUAAGUUCACUUCCUAUAAAUGUUAGUGGCAUUGGAGCUCCUGAACCAACUUUCAUUAAUGUGUUUCCUAAUCCAAAGACAUAUUUUUAACUGCAGUUACCCUAUGUAUUGCUGUCACGUAUUGCAAUGCUGUGCACAGAGGCAUUGUGCCAUUUACUCAUUUUGUUAUAUAGUGCCAUGUAAAGCUUGGAUUAGCACCUUAUCUUGCUCAUCUAUCAUGUUUUUCUGAUGUCAGUGAUCUUCAUUGCCAUGGCAGCAGCUGCAUAGAACAACACUGAAUACUUGGUGGCAUCUUGUGAGUUAAAUAUGAUACAACCACGUGAGCAAUACUUAAGCACUUGAUGCAGAUGCAGUGCAAGGCAUCCGUGAGACUACCACUGUUUUCCAUUCCUAACGUGGGAUGGCCUGAGGCAUUAUCAAAAGUUGUUUCAUUUGCCAGAAACAUGCCAGUGUCAGCUUAAAGGGACACUAGGGGGCAGCACUAAAUCAUGGUGUAUAUGCUGUUAGAUUUAUCUUUCCAAGAUCUCUCUGCAUUUCUCUUGUGAAGAAAGAAGUGAAGGCCCAACUUGUUUUAAUGAUAUCUUGAGCCCUACUGCUGUGCCACUGAAAUUAUGGUGACAACGUGGUUUUCAUGGUAUUUUCACACGUUGUGGUACUUGUACUUGUCGUGGUACUUGUGGUACUGGUAUACACAUGCCAAGUUCACAGUUUACUGUUACUGGCAUAUUUAUGCGACCAACUGUCUAUUCGAGAUAUGUUUUAGUAUUUUCAAAAUGCAAUGUGAUUGAGUUUUUAAUAAACAGUCAACUAGACACUGCCAAAAGCACUGAUGUUAAUGGAAACCAGUGUGAGAAUGCUUAGGUAGUGUUGCCACUUGCCUUUAUAAUUUUUCAUGUCCUUUAGUGGCAGAUCAAACCUCUACUCAUUAUGGGACUGACAUUUUUAUAUUUCUGGAAAUGAAGUACACCAAUCUAUUGUAGUCCAAAAUUUCUCUUUGCUGUCCUUUUAAGAGAAGGGUGCAAGCAUUGCUGAUCUUGGCGUGUUUCUGUGCCAGGCCUUCUUAGCCUAAAUGCCUAUUCCCACAUUUGCAGGGUCGGCACAAAUAUGUGUGCAUUACUAGGAACUGCUGAUGCCUUGUGCUGUGUGAGUGCAUGUCAUAGAGUCUAUUUAUUUACACACCAUACAAUUCCUUAUGACCUCUAAGAUUGCAUUGAGGCUUUUUACCCCUUGUAAGUAUAGUAGGUUGUGCUUCUCGAUUUGUAUAGCCACAUUGCGUAGAAUGUGCUCAUAGUGCUGUGACGUCGUCGUACGAACUCUUGUGACUUUUGUCGUUUACAGUGUAUGCAUUGCCAAUGAUGCAAGACGCAAAAGAGAGUUGUGAGAAUAGUGCUGCCCAAAAGCUCUUUUUUUCCCCCUUUGUACUGCGAGCCGCGUAAAGAAUUGACUGGCCUGUUUUUGUCAUUAUCCUCUGUGGUUUUGAUGUAGGUCCAGUCCACAUCCUGCUGCCUGUUGGCAGCAAGUGUCCUUGUGAAAAGUGAACAUUUCAACAUGAAUGAGGCAGUUUAAAUAAAUAUUGCCCUUUUACAUGUCA